AUGAUAGAAAGAAGCGGCAUGGCUACGCGACUUCGCCUGGCAACCCGCAUUUCCUUUCUUCGCCGCUUCAUUUUCCGCCCUUUUCGUAUAGUUUUUCUUCUUUUACCGUAUUCAGCAGUUAUCGAGCGAAUUCUGAAAUUUAUCAUAAAAAUCUUCAUUAAGCGUUUUGUAGUAAGUUGAAGUUUUGUAGUCAUUUCGUCGAUGGAUUUUUGGUUCAAAGAAGAGAAAUAAUUGUAUGGAAGAAUGGUCUUUUCCAAAAUCUUUGAUUUCGUAUAUAAAGGACAACGAAUUUUAACGUUUUUGUUCAUUUUCUCUUCUUUUAGGACGACAAUGAAAUCAGAUUUAAUGCAUCUCGUGAACUUUAUAAUAUUCAGAAGUGCCGCCUUGAGCUGUUCUCUUUUGAGUAAAUCCUUGUGGGACUAUAUUUUUUUUAACUCUUAAAUAGUUCUACAAAAUCUGUUUGUCUUUAUUCUAGCCCUUUUCAAUUCGAAAUAGUCGCAGAGAAAAUGGGAUUUCCGAGUAUCUUUCAUUUUGAGUUUCCCAUCAUGUAGCACUAAUUUCUCUCUCCCUUUUCACAUUUCGUUUCGUAUUGAGCCGUGCACCUGCCGACAAAGGCUGAAUACCUGAAGAAAUGGGGGCGGGGCGAGCGGUGGCAAUUAGUGUACACGCUAAUUUGCGUCACGAGCUCGAUGCCCUUGCACCUGCUCAUUAUCGGCACGUUGUCAGUGCUCGGCUCGUUAUCACUCAUCAAUUUCCUGACGUCAAUUCUUUCUAAAAGAUCAUUUUUUCAACAAAACUACAAUAAGAGAUUCUUUCUACAUAGAGUAAAGCCCUUUCCCCGAAAAUUGUUGUUUGAAAUUUUUUAAUAAAACUCAAAACCCUCUAACAAUUUCAAUAUUCUCUCAGAUGCCUGAAAAGCCAACAAAACUGACUUUUUAAUAUUACCAACGGCUUUUUCCAUAAUAAACGGACUUUUUUGUAUUAAUGUGUCCAUAUUUCUGUGAUUUGUUCAAACAGACAUCUACAUUCAAAAAAUAACGUAAUUUCGCAUGUAUAAAGGUAGUCGAAAAUAAAAAUGUUAUUAGAACCGGAUGAGUUGAGAUCAUAAUGAAGUUUAUCUGACUACAGAAUGUAAUUUCUGAGACAUCUAUGAACUAUCCAUGUAACGCAUACAGUUUUUCUCUUUCUUUUGUUGACUGAUUGACAUUAUAAACGUUCCCCACAAUUUUAGGAGAAACCAUCUUCUGAAUGCCUAUCAAACGAUGAUAAAGGCAGAAGCUGGCGCCAGCGCGGUCCCUCGAGUGUUUGUCUGCACGGCCGAGGUUCCUUAUCAGCAGCUCGACUGAUAAUGAGCCGACUUCUCGUCCCUUGGGCUUCUUUUUGCACUUCCAACUGUAGAUUGUGGGUCUCAAAGCGGCUCUGAGUAGAUAUUUAUUUUAUUCGAAGAAUGCUCGGAAGAAGUUUUUGAAGGAGCAGAAUGAAGCCAAAAAGACGUUCCAGAGUCAUUAAAAUGGCGCGACCAUGAAACAGGACUGGGUCCGGUUCGAAAAAAAAAUUUUUUAAUUUGUCUGAUUGAAGCAUUGGCGAAUAUAUAAGACCUAGAAUCAUUUUUAGGCCUUCAAAAAUGGAAUAAUUGGAAAUUUCUGCUUUCUUUUUUUCUCUAGAACUCUCACUCUGAAAUGAUGACGAAUCGCGGAAUAAAUAGGGAAAAAUUGUUUUCGCAAUUUUAUGAUUUUUUUCUCUGGUACUCUCUUUCGGACGUUUGAUUUUUGGAAAAAAAGUAGUUAUUGGCUGAACAAAUUUUUUUCCUACAGAACGUUAGAUUCAAUAUUUAAUGAAGGUUUGAAUACAUUUUUUUCAAUAUUCUGAUAAACUUUUUGAUAUUUUUAUUGGAGUCUAUCGUUUUUCUAAUCGCCUGGAUACAAAAUAGGAAUAGAAUUGAUGUAGCGCCGCUGGAAGGUUCCCAUUCUCAUAAGACCUCUCGAGUUCCCACAAAUUCAUUCCCACUCUUGUUCUUGUUCAUGGCGAAUCAAUUUUGUACAAUCCUCGUAUAUUUUAAUCACAUUUCGUACUAUCUUGAAUUUCUCAACUAGGAAAGCCACGCCUCUUUUUUACUGCCCUUAUCAUCGUCGCAGCUGAACUAAACAUUCACUCUGACUUUGUCCAUAUUUGGUACUCAUUCUAUAUCAAAUUCUUUCGAUUUCUUAUUUUACUGGCUUUGGUCGAGUUGCAGUUCGAUUAAAACAUAUUUCAGAUUGGUUGAUCGCUCGCAAUGUAUCAAAUUGCGUCGAAGCAACUUCAGACUUGGGUUUUUGCCUAUUUUCAACCGAAAAUCUUCGCUUCACAUCUUUCUACCAUUUUCUUCUUAAUUUGAAGUGAGUUUUCUCUGUAAAUUACAAUAAAAAUGAAGAAAAUCCGUUGGAGUUGUAUCAGAAACCAGGCUCAUCGCCUCAAAAAAAACUUCUUCUAAUAAAAAGCUUUCAGAUUUUCCUGA